AUGAGGAUAAAACAACGCGAUGCGGCCCUCGCCGAGGCCGACCUUCCCGCCCUCUUCGGCCGCCAGUCCACCGACUGCACCUCGGGCUCCAACUUUUACAGAUGCGCCCUCAACAACUUCGCCGGCUGCUGCACCGUCGACCCGUGCGCCCUCACCUCCGGCUGCCCCGACAAAGGCAGACGACCCCGGGAGCGGUAUCAACACCGGAAACAACGGCGGAGGCGGCGGCACCCCUCCACCUCCACCCCGCCAACCAACAACGACAGGACCAGCGCCCCGCCAAACUCCACCCCCACCGCCAACAUCCCCGAAACCACCACCAAGACUACCGCCAUACCCGUCACAACCACCGACAGCAGCGGCCAGAUCGUGACCACCGUCAUCGAGACCACCAUCACCGAGGCCGCCGGUCCCCUGGAAACUGGAGCCGGCGGCGGCACCGCUGCCGGUUCGGGGAGCGGGAGCGGUGGCAGCGGCAGCGGCAGCGAUAGCGGUGGCAAGAAACUGUCCACCGGCGCCAUUGCCGGAAUCGCCGUCGGCGCCUUGCUUCUCCUCGCUCUCCUCGCCCUCCUCUUCCUCCUCCGCCGCCGCAGGAAGAAUGCCCGCGGUCCCGCCCAGGCCGAUUUCCCCCUCCCAUGCACCGUCGCCUCCUACCGCGGGUCCCGCAACGGCGACCCCCGCCUCUCCCACGCCAGCUACGUCAGCUCUCUCGCUUCCGAUACCCUGCCUCCCGGGAGCCCCGCGCCCUACGCGCGGCACACGCCCCCAGCGAGGCGUACGCCGCCGCCCAUCGCCAUCCGGGCGCUCCCCAUUCGUCUCCGAGAUGGACGCCUCCCCGCUCCGUUUAGGGGAUCGGAAAUGGAUGCGACACCUGCCCCAUUGAGAGUAUCUGAGAUGGAUGCGGCGCCUGCCCCGCUCAGGGUCUCCGAGCUCCCGGCGAAUGGGUCACCCUCGCACACCAGAGGCCCCUGGCACCCGUAG